AUUCUUCACAUGCAUAUGGACCAAGUGGAGAAGCAGGCCAUGACCGCAGAAGGCUGCCCUUUGCAGAUCCGGUGUAAGAACUUCCUUUGUAUGACCUUCAUUAUUCCCAGGGAGAGGGACUGUCAGGAUGUGUACCAGACCUUGCUGGAGCUCUCUCGGCCAGCUGAGAUUGACAGACUGUAUGCCUUCUCCUUCACCUCCACUGAAAACCUGGACAAGUCCUUCGGCUGGAACCUGUUUGAUCUCCAGUCUGAGUUUCUGAGGAUGGGAGCACCUAACGGAAACUGGGUCAUCUCAAGCCUAAACCAGCAGUAUGAGCUGUGUGACACUUACCCUAGCCAGCUGUAUGUCCCAGCGGCCGCCACCACCCCUGUCCUGGUUGGAAGCUCCAAGUUCAGAAGUCGAGGCCGGUUGCCAGUUUUGUCUUAUCUGCACUCUGAGAACCAGGCGGCACUAACCCGCUGCAGCCAGCCAUUGUCUGGGUUUUCAGCUCGAUGUUUGGAAGAUGAACACAUGUUGCAGGCCAUCUUGAAAGCCAAUCCUAAGUCCAAUUACAUGUAUGUGGUAGACACCAGGCCAAAGAUCAAUGCUAUGGUCAACAAAGCCCAAGGCAAAGGAUACGAAAAUGAGAACUUUUACAGUAAUAUGAAGUUCCAGUUCUUGGGCAUUGAAAAUAUUCACGUGAUGAGGGCAAGUCUGCAGAAGUUGGUGGAAAUGUCAGAGCUGAAAAAGCCGUCCAUGAAUGACUUUCUAGUGAGGCUGGAGGCAGCUGGCUGGCUCAAGCAUAUCUACGCCAUCAUUGAUACUUCAGCUUUCAUCGCCAAGGCAAUUAGUGAUGGUGUGAGUGUUUUGGUGCACUGCUCCGAUGGCUGGGACCGUACAGCGCAGACAUGCUCUCUGGCUGGCCUUAUGUUGGACCCAUACUACAGGACGAUGCAAGGUUUUCAGGCCCUGAUUGAGAAAGAGUGGCUAGCUUUUGGCCACAAGUUCACUGACCGCUGUGGUCUGCUGGACAGUGUGGAUGUGAAGGAGACGUCCCCAGUUUUCACGCAGUUCCUGGAGUGUGUCUGGCAGAUCAUGCAGCAGUUCCCCUGUGCUUUCCAGUUUAACGAGAGGUUUCUGGUCACCAUCCAUGACCAUGCCUACUCUUGCCAGUUUGGAACUUUCAUUGGCAACUGUGAGAAGGAUAGGCUGGACCUCAGGUUGUCAGAGAGGACAUAUUCACUGUGGGGCUACCUGUCUUAUCAUUCCUCUGAGUUCCUGAACCCCUUGUACAAGAAGACCUAUGAGAUUAAGCUGCCAGUCAUCAUACCAAGCUCCGCCCCCCAGACUCUUAAGUAUUGGAAGGGCAUGUACAAUAGAUUUGAAAGUGGCCUUCACCCGAGGGAGAACCUAAUGGAUAUCGUCAGUGCUGCCAAAGAUCACAGUUUCUCUUUAGAAGACCAUGUCGUGUUGCUGGAGAAGAGAGUGACCCAAAUCUGCAAGCUUCUAGGGAAAUCAGAUGAGAUUAUUCAGAAGAAGCUGCAAGGGCAUUUAUCCAUGGACUCCAUAGACGGCUUUUUGAUCAACCACAUUGGGGAUGGCUCAGCUGUGUCCAACUCCAACACAGACCUCACCCCCAACGGACGUCUUCCUCACUUGGAAGGCAUCACUGGCAACCACCUGAAGAGUGACUCUGAGUCUGGGUUUGACGAAUCCAGGUGGAAGUCUUUCCGUAAUGUUCAGAACUGCUCAUGUGCGACUCCGUUUGACUACUAUGUUAAAAAGUUCCACUGUUGGAGAUGUGGUGAUGUUUUCUGCACCCGGUGCAUCGCUAGAAAUAUUCCACUUCCUGGCCACUACCACAGGCGGCCGGUUCCCGUCUGCAAGCCCUGCUACAAGGAAAUAGCAAGGUCGCCGAGUAUGGAGUUUCAACUGAGCUGA